GAAUAUUGGAGUCAACUGUGGUUCACUUCAUGUAUUAUUUUCCUUGAAGGACUCGGAAGAAUAUCAUUCAUCCAGAUCCAGGCAAGGAGGCCGAUUGGGUUAUUCAUCUGAAAAGCGAAUUUAGUAACAAAAAAGAGAGUCGGUUUCCCGGAGUGUCCAUAGAAGAUCAUCAUCAUCAUUACGAUCGUCACUACUCUGGGGUCUGAACGCGAGUCGUCGCUAUUGUGUAACAAUAAUUUGCGUGCGUGUGUGAACCCUUAAAGAGUUAGUUGCGCUGUUAUAGAAAACGCUAGCAUGGAAUGUGAUUAAGUUCCAGCGGGUGUGGCAGAGAGAGUUAACCAGCACCACCCGUUUUCAGAGACAAUGCUUCAUAAGAAAUUUGAACUUGACACCUCCAGCACAAGGUUGAGAGAAGACGACGCACACCUGGAACGCGACGAGUCGCGAGAAUACCGUAUCUCGGACCAAGAAGCCGUCCGUUGCGCACUCAGCAUUCCGGAAGAGUUUGUUCCAACGCCGCAUAAGGAAUUUAUCAAGGAUUUAGAGGUUCAACAAGAGACCAAGACUAAGCGUCAGAUCAAGAAACACCCCAUGAUUUCCACUACUAAACCAAAGCCAUCCAUACAAAAUGGUGGUGGGGAGGGGGAGUACAGAAUCAUUAAUAAAACUCUUCUGGUCCGAGAACGUGAACGGAAACUGCGUUCUGCGUUCGCAAAAUAUAAGAAAUGGGAUGAAGCCGAGCGGUGCAAAGUAGAGCUGCUGGAUGAUAAUAAAAUCAUGGUUAAUAAUGUCAUCAUGGACGUGAAUCAUUCCGAUUAUAUCAGAGAACAAGAUGUAACCUUAGAUCUGGAUGAAGACUAUCGAACAUGUUCUAUGCCCCCGCUCCCCACGCUUCCGUCAUCGCAAACGCCGGUCGCCGUCACCUCCACCUCAAAGAAUGGUGAAACGGACCCCUGCACAUCCGCUACUUGUCGACUAGGUUGUAUAUGUGAAAGUAUUAAACGGGAUCCCGUCGUCAGGACACAUUGCGGAAAACCACGGUGCUUUUUCGAAUGCACUUGCCAACAAUCAAUGUUUAACAAUGGGGAUGAUGGCGACAUUCGAUCAAGGCUGCGACCCCGAGUCAGCCUCCUUAAUUGGCGUUUUAUGGAGUCAGCAGAGAGAGAUAAAGACCCACCACCUGUUAACUAUCGGCAAUUGGAGCGGGGUGUUGCUGUCUAUCCACGCAUGAGGCGGGUUGCUGUCGCCCCGCAAAGAUUUAGGAACGAGUAUAUCAUGUCAUCGAAAUUUAAAGAUACAUUUAAUCGCGAGCGGAGGAAACCAGUGGUGGGAAUUUCUAAGUUUAUCAGAAAGCCUCCCACCACGACUUCAGUCAAGCGGGACGCGACCGGCUCAAUUUAUCGUCGCAACUACAUCGUCAAGCCUUCGACGAAGCAAAAAGAAAAUUCGGUCCCUAGCAAGAUGAACGUGCGACCCUGCACUGUAGCACUUGAUCCCUUAAAACCACCGGAGAAAAAGGAAAAGAAAGAGGAUGUUGUUCCACAAGAGCUGGCGGAACAAAAGCCGCUAGAGAUUCCUAAUCUCAUCAAAAUUAUUCAGCGUGAUGCGAUGAUAGUGUUGAUGGGAGAGGAUUCUCUAUGCUUUGUAACGUUCAGCUUGCAGUUCAAGCAUCCGAAGGCAGUUAUUUAUAAGGAAGUUGAUGGAGAUCGGGCCGAUGUCCCGUGGCUUUACCUUCCGUUUCCAUCGUCUGGAGAAUCCUGGUUGUUCCACCCAAUCCAGCCGGACACUGAUACCAUGUUCACUUGCAUUCCUGAGAUUAAUUGUCUCAUCCCGUCAGUCGCUUUAAGAAUGCACAUCAAUAUGGCUAAUGCCAAGGCCAAGACUGUAGCGCUGAAGAUGUUAUGGGUUGGUCAGGACUCUAAGAAGCGACAAGGCAAUAUUUACAUUUUGCCGGCACUUCAGAAUGUUCUAAUUUGUGGACCGUUUCCACACUAUUUGAUGACGACCCGAUUCAAUUCUAGUUUCCAUCAAGUAGAUCGAAUAGUGAACGUGUGUUCGAUGGCGGAUCACCUGAAUUCGGGACGUUUUGCUGGCGAUCCUAAGUCUUGGAACCAUUUCUUUACUGAAAAAAAAGAACGCAUUUCUAAAGAAUUACAAGAGAGGGUAAAGAAUUCUGUUGUCCUUAAAGACAAGAUAAUUCCUGCUAACGUAAUAAUGGCGGCGUCCGGAUUUGAUUCCAAUGACUCGAGUUCGUCCUCAUCAGACUCGGAAUCACCGAAGCCGGGAACAAGCAAGGCUAGUUUAGUUAAGCCACCAGAGAGACUGAGCGUUUCCUGGAGUGACGCAUCGAAACUGUUGUCCGUGCAGCCUUGAAGGAGUCAAAACUAUCACAUGCGCAUUAAUAAUAUAAAUUAAAUUAUACUCAGUCGUAUUGAAUUUUUCUAUUGUUUGUUUCUUCUUCUUUCUUAAUAUCUUUUGUUAGGAAACAGUAGUAACAAAUUACUUUAUGAGCUUUCCAGCGAAUCCUAGUGAUAAUAAGCUCAAAAAUAAUGAAACCGUCUCAAGUCUUUAAAUUCUUGUACAAUUUGUUUGUUUUCAUACUUUGUUCAAUCAGUUGAUAGUUGAGGGACUGCAGGUUAUUAUUAUAAUGACUACGCUUGCAGUUGCUGAGUAAAUAUACAGGGUCUCUAUAUUAUAUGUAUUGUGAAUCAUCACAAUUUGUGUUAAUAAUUGUUGUAAGUCGUUUAUUCGAAAAUUGUUACUUCUCAUCCCCAUCAGGGUUCCCAUUUGUAAUGAUGAUCGGAUAAUUAUCGACACAUUGCAAAUAAAUUUUCCAAAUUCUAUUUAAUUUUGAUCAUCACAUUCUGUUAAUCAAUCUCAUUCUCAAUUAAUGACUAUCCUCCCAAUGUGCCUGUUCGCUAUAAAAUUUCUCUGUUAACGAUUCCAAAGUCCUCACGUGGAGGACAGGACACGACGAAAUGUUUGUUUUUUUAUACAUAUGUGCGAAAGAGCGGUGCAGGAGUAUUAUUCUCUUCAUGUUAAGAUAUUACAGUUUAUUCAUUUGUUAUAUGUAGUUGAAACAGAAUAAAUUCAAUAUGAGUAAAAAGUA